CGAUUGCGAAACAUGGAGGAAAUCUACCAAAAGCUCAGCGUGGUCAAUCUGUGGCAAGGCUUCUCCAACUCCGACGACACGUCCUUCGAAGUCAUCGAGGCAAGGCACCAGAAUGACUCUGGCAAAAUCAGCAUCAACCGCAAGCCCGUCCACCUGAAGGAGCUGGACAGCUGGCUGGCCGAAGGAACAGAAGACGACGGCACUGCGAGCGAGUCUCUUGUCUUGCGCUUGGCCUUGAUAGGCUGCGAUAUCAAGCGCAAGCUCCUCAAACUAUCCAAAGAAGUUCUAGACCCGCUGCUCGAGGAGUUCAACUUGGAACUGGCCUACACUUACUCGCAGACCUGCAUCACGAAUGUGUCUGCCAUACCUUCCAAAGGUCGGCAGACAUACUCGUUCUGCUACAUGCCCAAGCUGGUGGCUGUCUGGUCUCAGAAGGGUCCCUUCACGCACAAACAGACCGGCCGAGAGGUAUUACCUCUUACACAGGGCCUCAUCCUCGUCGAAGAGUCCAACAAGGACUUCCUCUCCGACACGCUCUGCUCGCCUUGGGAUGCCCUGCUCUACAGAAGCCCCAUGUUCCCAGCCCUACUGUUUAGCAUGAUCCUCAGCAUGCAGGUCCAUUUCGAGGAGGCAAAGAUCAAGUUGAAGCUGCGCGAGAUCGAGGAGCGUACAGGCCAGGACAGAGUCGCAGAACGCAAGCACGAGACUUCGACGGAGUCAUACAUCAAGCUGGCCGCCCAGGUGGAUCGACACGCCGUCAAGCUUGCCAGCGUGAGCAGGAAGAGCAAAAUGGCCGAAAAGACACUAUCUUUCAUCUUGGAGAAUGGUGUGCCGAGAGGCUCUGUAGGCUUCGGGGACCCCGGACAGCCAUCCAGAAAUGUAUCAAAUCGCUCCAAGGAGCUUCUGAGAAGCCAUGUGUCUCUCUUGCAGGAUAGACUGUCGAUGCAGGCUGUCGAUAUAGAGUACACGUUGAGGCGUGUUCAACUGCAGAUCAAUACUCUCGCCGGCAUCAUAUCCAGAGACGACGUAAAGGCAAAUCUCGACCUCGCAGAAUCCCAGCACCGCGACUCCCUGUCGAUGAAGACGCUCGCCAUCGUCACCAUGGUCUUUCUCCCCGGUAGCUUCAUCUCCGCCCUCUUCUCAACGUCAAUGUUCGACUGGGACAGCGUCGACUCCAGCGCGAGCAGCAUCGCGGUGCGCACACUGCCCCAGUUUGGGCUGUACUGGGCCAUCACCAUCCCGCUCACCGUCGUCACCUUUCUGCUGUACUUUUUCUGGCUGCGGGUGAUGAAGAGGCAGCGGGACCGCAGGAAGAAGAGCUUUGAUCAGCUGUCUGCUGAGGAAAAGGGCGAGGGCAGUGCGGUUGACUUGGCGAAGCUGCGGAAAGAAGGCACUCAAGUCUCCAAGAAGUCGACCAUGCCAUUUGGUAACUGGUAG